AAGGAAACAUGGCGCCGCCCUUGUUUUAGCAUGGGCUGCCCUGUGCCAUAGUCUGCGAUUACCGGUUUAUUUUAGCUAUUUAGUAAUUGUAAACUCGCACAGAACGCGUACGUGUGUGACACUCGCGUUUUGGACUGUAGUGCAAGCCUCGUUCACUUCGCUAUGAGUAUGUUCAAGGCGAAGAUGUUGUCAGACACAAGUGAGGACGAUACAGACAAUGACCAUGACUCGCCCAAAAAGGCACAGAGUUUUCGUCCUGCACAAGCUCCAAAGAAGCAAGCAUGCUCCAUGCCAAAGCUGUGUGGUGACGAUGAGGACGAGGAAGAGGAGGAGGAGGAGGACGGCAGCAACACCGAUGACUGGGACGGCAGAAGCGGGAAUGAUGAAACGAGUAAAUCAAAAAAGGCUCCCCGCAGCAGUGACGACAGUGACAGCGGUGACACUGAUGACAGCGAUGACGGCAACAUCAGAAACACUUGGAGCCAGAGGGGAAACUACAAGGCCCCUGAGGCACCAAGCAAGAAACGUAAAUCUUUUGAAAAAGGAGGCUCUAAAGGUAAAUACGUGAAGUACUCGAAUAGUUUCUCGAAUGACGACGAGGAGGUGGCUGAAAGUGGCUCGGGCAUUUCGAUGGGCAAUUACAGCAAUGUCUCACAGAAGCUGAUGGCAAGCAUGGGCUACAGGGCUGGCACCGGUCUUGGCAAGGACAACCAAGGAAUUCGGGACAUCAUUCCUACAUCGAAGCAGCGUGGGCGACGGGGUCUGGGUCUCUCUAUGGAGGGCCUUGAACCCAGCCCAGAUGUCAGCUGGGACUUUGAGAAGGAAGAGGUUGAUGUGAAGGAGCGGCUGGAUUGGAUUCCCGAAUGUGAAGAAGAGCCGCCAGACAUCAAAGUUCUGAGGGAGUGGGUCUCGGAAGGAAAGAAAAAGCUCACAAUUGAUGAUGAGACCUGCUUCUGUGACGAGGAGGUGCUCAAAGAAGUCCUCGACUGCAAGAGUGUGUUUGAUAGGCUAGAACCAGAGGAAUUGCGGCGAGCGAGAACACGGUCAAAUCCUUUUGAAACUAUUCGUGGUGGAAUCUUUCUGAACAGGGCAGCCAUGAAGAUGGCCAACAUUGACUCUGCCUUUGACUUCAUGUUCACGUCUCCCGUGGAUGAAGAUGGGGAUCCUGUGGUGGGUCCCGACGACCUCCUGUACUUCGCCGACAUCUGCGCGGGCCCCGGUGGUUUCUCGGAGUACGUCCUUUGGCGCAAGGGCUGGCAGGCCAAGGGCUUUGGCUUCACCCUUAAGGGCCCAAACGACUUCAAGCUGGAGGACUUCUUUGCCGGAUCUCCAGAUACCUUUGAACCACACUACGGUGUCAAAGGUGACGGUGACAUCUUCUUUCCCGAGAACGUACGGGCAUUCUCCAAAUUUGUCAAGGAGAGCACGGACAACCAGGGGGUCCACUUUGUCAUGGCAGAUGGUGGCUUCUCAGUCGAGGGCCAGGAAAACAUCCAAGAAAUAUUGUCUAAACAACUUUACCUGUGCCAAUUCUACAUGGCACUCUCUAUCUUGAGAACAGGAGGUCACUUUGUCUGCAAGCUGUUCGACAUCUUCACUGUGUACAGUAUCGGUCUAAUUUACCUGAUGUACCGGGCAUUCAGGCACGUCUGCAUCUUCAAGCCAAACACGAGUCGACCUGCAAAUUCUGAAAGGUACAUCGUCUGCAAGUGGCGCCGGCCGGACACCAAGGACAUCGAGGACUACAUGUACGAGCUGUCCUGUCGCUUCAAGGAGAUUUCAAGUGUCAUGAGCGAGCUUGACAUAGUUGAGGUUGUGCCCCUGGAAGUCAUCAACGAUGAUGCUGUCUUCGCGAAGUACAUCCGCGAGUCAAAUGACAGGCUAGGGCGUGCCCAAGUCACACAUCUCAUGAAGAUCAGGGCCUUUGCACAGAACAGUGAGUUGUAUGAUGGGAGGCAGAGCAACCUUCGGAAAGAAUGUUUGAAACUCUGGAAGGUUCCAGACCUAGCGCGGCUAGACCCCAAGCGGCCACCCCCUGAAGCAAAGCUCAAAGAACUGACCAAGAACGAACUGUCGUACUUUGACAAACGUCCUGACGAGCUCAAACCCAAGUUUCUUGAGGGCAUCAAGAGCAUCCACGACUACCGGUGUGUCGUAUGUGGCGAGUGGAAGCCCAAUAUUCCAGACAACAAAUAUUUCUAUCUCAGCGCAGGGCGGAAGCAGGUCUACCAGUGGACAGGCAACUCCACGGACCAGUGGAAGAAAGUCACCGAAGGCCUGGAACUCCCACCAGACACGCUUUUCUAUGGCGAGAUGGUGCAGGAGUUUUCAGGAGAGGGCCGACAACAGAAACGCUUCAACACAAUCCACAUCAUCGAUGCUCUUGUUUUGGGCAAAGUAUCUGUCAGAGAUAAGCACUAUGAGGAGAGGAUGAAAUGGGUUCGAAAGUUUGCCAAAGCCGUGUCAAAGCCAAGUCGGUCUGACUUGACGCCUCUUCGAGCCAAGGAGGUUUUCAAGCUUCAAGAUGUAGAGUCACUCUUUGAACGGAUCACCUUGAAGCUGGAGAAAGGUGCUGCCCGAAACAUGCGGCUGAGCUGCACGGUGCCCAAGGAAGUGAGGGAUCGGGAGGAGAAGCACUUCUCAGCCACGGGCGUCCUCUUCUACCGUACCACCAGGGAGCCAUGGCAUGAAGAGUUCAGCACGAGUUCACAACGCACCUACUACUUCAACACGAUGACGAGAAAGAGUGACUACGAGAUGCCCAAGUAUGGGUGCGCAGCCACUUUUAAGGAUUGCUUCCAGUCGGCCGUGCUUUGGCCGUGGGUUCCAGGCCUCCGAAUCCUGCCCCCCCAAUCACCAUCUGAGACCUGCCCCAACGAUGGCCGUGUCCAUCGCAUGACCCUCAUCAACUUUGUCAAGAAGAGACUAGAAAAGUGAACCAUUGGAAUGGACUGCCAUGAGAAUGUACAUUAACUGCGUGUGCUGAAAGCAGAGUGAUGACGAAUGAAAGAGUCUGGCAUGUGA